UUUCGUUUCGUUUCCGUUUCCGUUUACGUUCCUCGUUACCGUUACCGUUACCGUUUCGCUCGGCAUCAAUUUCAAAUGGCUAGCAGCUGCUUAUGAUGGAGACAUUCCUCGUCCUGGGCCUGUGUUUCAUCCUGUACGAGGCAUUGGAUUUCUUUCAGGGCUGCAUUCACAGUAACACACCAUCGCCAAGUGAUCAAAUCGAAGCCUAUCGCCGCGAGUUGGACGAACAGCGUCAGCAGCAGCAGCAGGAACAGUUCCUUGCCGGCCUGACCCCACUUUUGGGCGCUCAGUUUGCCGCCGCCGCCGCAGCCGCAGCUGCAGCCGCUGCUUCGUCUGCCGGUGGCUCCCAAUCGACGCUGGGCAGCACAACCACGCCCACAGCCUCCACGGCGAGUGUGAUUAGUGAUUCGUAUGAUCAGGAAUCACAAUCCCAAACCCAAUCGCAAUCACAAUCCCAGUCAAAUCAGCAAGCUUUGCACUCACUAAGCACUCCCGGCCUGUUCCGUCCCGCCGCCCUGGGCUACUACGAUCCAGAGGAUCCGCUGCACGCCACCUCAUCGCUGCCCCGUGACUAUUAUUACCUGCAGCAGCAGCAACUAAAGAACAAGGUCAGCUCACGUUCGCUACUCUCCAAGUUCUCGUCAACGAACUCGGAUAAUCGCAUCCAUCCCGAGGCAGGAGCCGGGGCCGGUCACAGUGUCCUGGGCACAGCGGCGGUGAUAACCAGUCAACCCUUGCCCGCUGGUGAAAUACCACCGAGUCUCUUUGAUCCAGGCCAAGGUCAGCUAGCAGGGGGAGUGACCACAACGGCGGCUAAUCAUCAUCAUCAACAUCUGCAGCAGCAACAGCUCCAAUCAUCGUCACCGCUCUUCAUAGAACUGAAGCGAGCGAUCAUCAGUCAGAGUAAUAAUAAUCAUAGUCAGAACUCGCAGUUCCCCGAGGAGGACGAUACCGAGGAGGAUCAGUGUCCGCAGUGCGAAGAAGAGCAUAUUCAAUAUUUGGCAGAUACCCUAGAAGAUAGCCAAGAGCAGGACGACGACGACGACGACGACGACGACGAGGACGAGGACGAGGACAACGACGAGGAGGCGAACGACGUGGAGGUGCGAAAUCUGGUGGAAGAGCAGCAUUCCUCUUACGUGGGUGGAGCCACCAGUGAGCCGGAUAUUUGUGCUGCUGCCCGGCAAUUGCCUCGUAUUCAUCACAUAGCCAUCGACGAUAUUGCUGGACAGGAUUACAACGGGAUAUCGGGUCACAAUUCGCACGCCGACUUCAGGGAAAUCGAGUGCGAACGUCUGCGACGAAAGUGCGUGAGCGUUAAGCGCAUCUAUAGCAUAUCCGAGAAGUUCUAAAUCAGAUCAGAUCACCGCUAUCAGAGAUCAGUCGCCAUUCUCAAUUCAAUAUCAGAUCAUCAUACCUGUACAAAGACCAGCCCUCACCAUUGCACUUCAAUCGAAUUGAAAAAUUUAUACAAAAGAGACUCUAAACGAAACAAAAACGAAUCGAAAUCAAAAAUCGCCUAAAUCGAAAUCAAAGCCAAUCAAAAGUCCAACUAAAUCGAGGCCAAAAUCAAUCAAAGAAACCACAAAAACAAAAAAAAAAAAACAUAAAGAAAUCAGUUUUCAAAUUCACUUCAGCAAAAAAAGCAAUCGAAAUCGAAUCAAAUGCAACCAAAAUCACAAAAUUAUUGCCCAAUGCGAAACACCCCACACAAGGUUAGCAAAAAAAAAAAAAAAAGUCUAAAACUACCAAAAGCCAACAAACUGUAAUAAACUUAACAAAAGAAGAGAAAAACUAUUAAGAACAACUAAAAAAAAACUUAAAUUGAACCUACAAGAAGCAAAAACCGACACAAAAAAAGAAGAAGAAAUAUAGAAACUAAAUUAAAAAUACUCGUAUACAUUGCCCAAAAGAAUUUGCACAGCAUUUUUGACAUUUCAUCUUCGGUUUUGAUUUUUAGUUUUGUGCUUUCACCUCUGCCUGUCACCUGUUUUCUUUACCCAUUCCUCAAAGUCACUUAAAGUCCACUCAAAGUCACCUAAAGAAAGCCAAAGUCACCCAAAGUCGACUAUAAGACACCAGAAGUCACCUUAAAGUCACUGUCAGUCCACUCAGAGUCACCUAAAGUCACCUUAAUUCACUCACAAGUCACCUCAAAGUCGACUUAAAAUCAACUGAAGUCACCCAAAGUCACCUUAAGUCUUUCAAAGCCACCUAAAAGUUACGUAACUUUUUUUUAAGUCACCUUAAGGCACUCAUAUUCACCUUAAGUCAGCUAAAAGCCACCAAAUUCACUCAAUAGUCACUUAAAAAUUACCCUAAGUCACUUUAAAUCAAGAAAAUUCACUUAAAAUCACCCAAAGUAACAUAAAAGUCCACUUAAAGUCACUAUCUUUUCAUAGCUCUUGGGCCAAUGAUAAUGAUUUCACCAACAGUUCGCCAACAAGAAGCAGCCAGCAUUGCACACACUUUUCACCAUAGCCCCUCACCAAUUAGGAAUUAUUUCCUUAAUCUUGAUAAAAAAAAAAAAGAAUUUUAAAGAAAAAAAAAAACCUCCCUUCUAAUACAUUUUUUAUCACAUUGCACUUUCUUUAUUUUUUGAAAAGGCACUUCCACUUUUGAUCUUUCACCACAUUCCACAACCACCAACCUAUUUUGAUCUCUCUCCCCCUCGUUCUCUUACUCGCUCUAUCACACAUUAGCUACCGCUCUCUCGUUCUCUCCUUAGCUCUGGCUAAUAAUUCCCAACU